AGGGGAAGUGAACAGCUAGAACUAGACAGCCCUGAAAGAAAGCAUCAAAGAAAUCACACUUUCCCCCUGGAUGCCAUAGACCGAUAUCUGAUUGCAGCCAGUAUUGUAUGGUUACAAAAUAUGGAUUUGAGAUUCAUACUGCGAAGACUGAACAGUGCCUCACUAUGCGGAGUCAUAGUAUAUCUUAUCUCUGGUACACUUUUGGUGAGCGCCAUUGACGUCUAUACGCCAGAGGAGGUGUUCUUUGAGAAUGGGACCACGGCGACGUUGAAAUGCUCGUUCAAAUCAAAAGAAGUGGUCAGCAGUAGCGCUUCCGUCACUUGGUCAUUCAUGCCAGAUGGAUCAGAUAAAAGCAUUUCAUUCUUCUAUUAUAGCGGCCUCACCAUGUACCCGGUGCAGUAUGAGAAGUUCGAGAAGAGGAUCAACUGGGUGGGCGACCUGAACAAGAAGGACGCCUCUAUCCAGGUGCUGCAGAUGCAGUUCAGUGACAACGGCACGUACCUGUGUGACGUGAAGAACCCACCUGACUUCACGGGGGUGCCGGCGCGAACUAAAGUCCGAGUGGUGAUGAAAGAGUCCUUACCUCAGACGAGCCCAGCCAUCAUCGCGGUGGGAGUUAUAGCAGCAGUCAUCUGUCUGAUUGUCAUCGCCGUGGUGACCUACCUGAUCAUGAGGAGACAGGAGCCGAGACACGAAUACGACGGCUGCCACUCCAAUGACACCACUAGCUCCCAAACGCUGCCACCGGGGAAGAAGGCGGAGUCGAGCAUGGAGAGCUCCCGGUGUAGCAGCCCCUCCGCUCCUGUGCAGGGACCGGUGAUCUAUGCCCAGUUGGAUCACUCUGGCAACAAGAGCGCCAGCAUCCACAAGAUGGAGCCAGUGGUCUACGCUGACAUCCGCAAGAACUAGACACGCCAUUGGACGAGAGACCAAAACCUGGGCGGGGCUUCAGGAGUCAUUGUACGCUGCUUUCUGAACGGAUUACUGCUUUGAUUUUUUUGUUUUUGUUCAUUUGGUUGUUUGUUUCUUUUGUGUUAAAUGUGAUGCAUUGUGAUGUAUGUACACAUUUGCAUGUCGGCCAGAGCCCAUGAGCAGAACUUCUGCAGUCAAGAUAACACUAACUCUUACUGUAGAUUAUUUUGCUUGGGAGUCUUACAGGAUGGACCCUCUUAUUCAACUCCUCCAACAAAAAUAACUGGACCAAUUUAUAUCACAUCACAUUACAUUGAUUUCCUUAAAUCAUUACGGUGCUGCAUGAUUAAAAAAAAAAAAUCCUUGCCAAUUGAAGCUCAUUCUGUUAACUAUGGAAUAAGCUUCAAUCUCCAUGAUGGGAUUUUUUGUUGUUUGCCCAAAAAAAUCCAGAGUUUCCUUUCAAAAGCAGCCCAGGGGUGCAUUUCCCAACAACAUCGUUGCCAGCUAAGUUAGCAACUUAUUGGUUGCAAUGCAAUUUCCCAUUGGAGACCUAGUAAGUUGCUAACUGGUUAGCAACGAUGCUUUUCGAGAAACGGGGUCCAAAUUUCAUGUUCCGCUGGUCCACCCUGUACAUACUGUAUGUAAGUCGAUCAUGAUGUAGCUGUUGCCAUGGCUUCUUGUAGUGCUGUACCGAGCCACUAACCACCACCAUCUCACUAGGUCACUGUGAAGAUAUCUCUAGAGCAACUGUUACCUUGGUUACCUUGGGGUGGCAGUGUUUCUACCAGGUUCCUGUGUAUAUAUACUUUUACUAAUGACGUGUAGCUAGUAGAUAGAAAAUAGGAGAGGAGAGGAGAGAGAAAGUAAAGACCACAGAGCAGUUUUAUUGUACAGAAAUGUUUGCCUGUAAUUUAUGAAGUGGUAAGUGCUGAUAUAAAACACACACACACACACACACACACACACAACUUCUGAAACUGACAUUAUGGGAAGGGAAGGAAUACAACAAUUGAGAGUUUAACACUCCAAUUAGAAAUGUUUAACAGGCAAUCCUUUAAAAAAAAUGAGACAAAGCAAAUGGAAAACUACUAACAUUCAGAUAAAGGUUAGCAGACUAAUUUCAUGUUCUUUGCAUUUAACACCUUUUUGUAAUUAUAUUUUUAAUGGAUGUGUGUAUUUCUUUUAUAUAUAUAUAUAAAAUGUAUAUUGCAUUGUGACGUUUUGGCCUUCGUCAAACUCUAAUAUAGGCAUCAUCACUGUUAAAAUCUUUGGCGUAAUUUUACUAACGCAUAUCUUGAAUGCAGAAUAUCACGCACAUGAGCGACGACCAAGACAUGCAUCCACCCAAAGAAUGUUAGAUUUGCUACUGACUCUUGUAUUGCCCCCCCAAAUAAGAUCCACCAAAAUCAUUGCCUUGACCUAUAUAGUUUUGACACCCCCAAACCACUUUGCAGUUUAUCUGAAGUAACUUCUUCUGUAAGUGUCUUAGUUUGUCUUCCAGUGUUGGCAGCAAAAAGCUUGUACAGCCAAAAUGCCUUUAAUUAUUCAUUCCUUGUCAACUUCUCUCUUCAGGAUUAUGUGAGAUAGUUAGUUAGAGAAUUGGUCUUCCAACACGUUUCAUAUCAUUCCAACCAGGAUAUCAGGAAGAGAGUGUGUAUGUUAGUUUUUGGUGUUCAAAGUGCCUCGCAGGCAUGGACACCAAUAAGUGUGUGCAAAUUGUGUACGGUUUUAUGCUCAGAUGGUUGUUCGUAUUUUUCUUUUGUCAAGUAAUUGAUGACUAUUAUUUUGUGGAGACACCCAGAUGGCCUUCCAAACACCUGCCGAAUGCAGGAGUGCUCAUUCAGUGACCAAUUCACCACUAGUUCCCACUUGGCUUUAAGUAGCAAUAGUGUUCAGUGCCAUUUCUAAAGACAUCUGUGUAUUUUAUCAUGGAAUAUUGUAAUUAUUAUUUUUAUGUUUUAAAAAUUGCUCUCUUUUUUGUUUUUGGUACAGUAUGUCAUGUCUGUCUGUGCUUUUAAUAUCUUUUUUUUUAUACAGCUUUAUAUACAGGUUUUUCGGUUUAUCAUUUUCUUUUGUACAGAUUCCUAAACCAUCAAAGUCUUGAAAUGCUGGACUCUUUCAUUUCCAUAUUGUUUAUAAUAUCUCUGUUGUGCAUUAUACAUCUGCUGCAGAAUGCUCAAUGUCUUAACCUGACAAAAUGGCUUUGCCUUCUGAAACACUACCAGUCACAUUCCAUAUCAUGUAAAAAGGAACUCAACGCAACAUGGCUUCUCCCUAUCAAAACAGUGAAAAUCAUUCCAUGCCGUUACAAAAAAAAUGUUACAUUUUAUGAAGAAGGAAAAAAAACAGAUGAAGAUGUUGCCUGGCUCUCACGCAGACUCUUCGUGCUUCGUGCAUCUUCGUUAAACUUUGUGAGAAACAUCCAUCUGCGUGAGAAACAGGUUAUUGAAGACGUGCAUCCAUUUUCAAUAUUAUAGCUAUUACUGCACUAUGUUCCCAUGUAUUGUAACAAGUACUACUAAAUGUCUUAUUGGACCUUGGGUCUGAGAACUGGAAUGAGAUGAGAAGAUGAGUGCCUUCAGCAUUUCACCUACUAACUUAAAAAAAACACCCAAACGCUCCCAAUACAAGCUGUGGAGGAGAGUGUUGUACUUGUUUGCCUGUACUGAAAAACAUUGUACAUGUACCAAAAGGUCAAUUUUUUUAUAAAAAUAAAUGUCAAAGUUACAUCUUUCAA